AUGGCCACGGAGACCGCCCCUCCCCCGUCAGCAUCCGGUGCGGAUGCGCCCAAAGCGGUCUCUUUUUUAAGCUCGGAUGCACCAAUCCAGGCUGUGACCGUGUUCUGCAAGGACAAGGCCGAAGUCACACGUGUCAUCAACUUCUCGUCGCCGUCCAGCCUCGGUCGUCACGAGGUGGAGCUCGCAGAUCUUCCCCACCGCUUCCUUAUCAACGAGACGAGCUUGAGAGUCAAGGGGUCCGGGCAUUGCACGAUUCUCCACGUCAGCUACACCGACGAGCCGCCUAUGGGCCCUGCAGAGCCCGAACUCACCCAGGAGGAAGAAGACGCGGCCAAGGACAGGGAAGAAAAGCGCAAGCAGGAUAUCCAGAGGCUGACAGACGAGCUCACCGUCCUGAACCAGCAGUCGUCUCGAAACAUGCAUAUGCGAGAGUACGCCGAUCGCUUUGCCGAGAGGGCCGUGACCGCCACCGCUGGGGGGAGCACCAACGCUGCUGCCGCUCUGGGCGUCUCCGACAAUGGACCAGCCCCGAGGGUGGAGGACGUGGGCAAGGCUCUGGAUUGGUGGGCAGCCAGAGCGGUACAAACAGACGCCGAAGUACACCGACUCGAGCUAGAGGGCCGACGCCUGAAGGAAGCCAUCACCGAGCUCCACAAACGUCCGGCCACUUCAUCUGCUUCCGCGCGUGUUCCGAAAGCAACGGAGAAAGUGACGAAGAAACCGGGUAGGAUACUCAUCACCGUGGACGUACAAGAGCUUGGCAACAUCGAACUGGAGGUGAAGUACAUGACCCGUGGGGCGACUUGGUCUCCUUCGUACGACCUCCGAGUGGAUACGCAGACCGAUUCCGUGUCGUGCACGUACUACGGAAUGGUCACACAGAGCACCACUGAGGACUGGCAAGGAGUGUCUCUUCGGCUGUCGACAGCGGAGCCCACUGUCCACGGGACGCCACCUGCGCUGGAAAGCAAGACUGUUUCCCUCAAAAUCUAUCGGAUGCCGGAGCCCAGUUUCAACAAACCUCGUGGCGCCAUGAAGGGUAUGAGGAAGAAGAGCGGAGCGUCCAGUCGGCGAUCGAGCUUCGGGAGUGUCGGUGAAUGCGAGGAGGACGGGGAGUCUUCAAGCCUUGAUGACACCAUGUCAGCGGCGCUGUGCGUGGGGGGCUACGGCGGCGGCGCUCCUGGCGGUGGUGGAGGCGGCUCUGCUCCGUGUGCCCCACCACCGCCUCCAAAGGCGAAACCCGCCGUGGCCCAGGUGGAGGGCGGGGGCGGCGGAAUGGGUGCCGUUUCAUUCGUCGUGGAAACGCCGGCAGACAUCAAGAGCAACGCGCAGGCAAAGAAGCUCACCGUGGGAGUAUUGCAGCUCUCCGCGGAAGUUUCGCACUACCUCGUACCUGCCAAGGAAUCCGCCGCUUACCUGCAAGCUAAGGCGACGAACAACACCGACUAUCUGCUCCUGGCGAGCAAUGACGUGUCCAUCUUCUUCGACAACAGCUUCGUCACCAAGACCAGCCUCACCUCCGUCUCUCCCGGAGAGUCCUUCCAGACCUUCCUAGGCAUCGACCCCGCCGUUAAGAUCACGGUUGCGCCGCCUCGCAAGACCAGCAAGAAGCGCGGCAUCUUCUCCAAGUCCAACCACGUCACUCACACCCACAGCACGUCGAUCUCCAACAAGAAGAAGGUGCCGGUGACCUGUGUCGUCGUCGACGCCAUGCCGCGCUCCACCAACGAGAUCAUCAAGGUGACCCUCAAGCAACCGCCACCGUCUGGCGUGACGGAGUCCGAAGCCAUCACCGACGACGUCCUCGCUUCCGCCGCCUUGGAAAUGUGCGAAGCGGGUGACAGGGGCAGCAGCAACGUCCAAAUGCCGCCUGCGGUGCAUGGCGUCUUAGGUGUAAUCAAGAGCCCGUCGAACCACUUGGCGUGGGUGGGGAAGAUCGCCCCCCAGGGAGAGAUCUCCGUCCCUCUCGAGUACACCGUGGAGUGGCCCACCGGAAAGCAGAUCGAGUUCUCCGAAUGAAAUAUCGCAGGACGAACAUGCGGUCAGAGCGAACACAGACGAAGAAACUACCUUGCGUUCCGAACACAUGGUAAACUUACAUUCUUCCCUGUGCGAUUCGUGAUUCCUGAUCGAUUAUUCUUUAUGUAGUUGUCCCGCUUGCAGCGGUAACAAUAUCGUGCUACGGUUGUGCCGUACUGCUGCCGAAACGACGUAAGUCUUGCUCUGUCGUCUCGGGGUGUGAAGAAUCAUUCGAGCUGUAUACUUUAUCAGCUCUGCUGAGUUUGCACGCUGUUGCCGGGUGUGUAUAUCGUUUGUUAACAGAACCCAGUGCCAUGUGUUUCGGUUGAGCGUGGAAUAGCAAGACUGAGAAAAGAGGCUCAGCGCGUGCAGUUUUGAGUGCUAUCCCAUGUAGUCGAUUGGUGAGCACAUCGCAUUGCCCACCGUCCUCGUCGACGUUCACUCUCCCUCUUGAGGGUGGAGGCUUUCUCAAGGUUGGUUGUGGAAGGGUGUUGAGCAAGAAGCAUAGUGUUGAUGGUGUUAUCGUUUCGAAAUUAGAGUAGAACCACUCGCGUGCGCAACUGGGGAAGCAUGAGUGCCCGCUUUGUUGCGCUCGCCGUGACAGGCGCAGCCCAGAGUUGUACCCGGUGUUUGUACACGUGUCGUUGUGGGGAAACUCCAUAGAAAACCUGUAACCAGCAUGCA